ACGUUCCGGCCAUGAUCCGCAAGAAGAAACGUGAAACCAAAGACUACAAACUGCGCGUCUUUGUCGGCAUGCUGUUCCUUAUCAUCGUGUUUCUUGUCGGCUACGCGUACAUCAUGUACAACCAGAAGUUGCUGGCCAAAUCGUACUUCGAGAGCAUCAAGCUGCACACGAAGACACGAGCGAUGCGAAUUCUGGAUGCGAAGGGAUAUGACCUCCUGACGGGGAAGUUGGGAAUAGAUCUCAACAUCGAAAAGCCAUACAAGUGCUUGCCGGAAAAUCUGCGGAACGACGGGAGCCAUUGCUACGAGUGGAACUCGGUGGCAAGAUUGUACAUGAAUUUGGAGAAAGCAGAAUCGAACAGUGAAGUGAAGUGCUACAGCUUUAGUUGGGAAACGCUGGUGAAUAACUUCUAUCCAACGGAUUGUUUCGAUAUCGGGGAUGGCGUUUACUGGUACGGCGGAGGUCUUACCAAGGGCGUGGACUAUCUGCUGAACAAGGCUUCGUUUGAUUUUUCACCUUUUGUGACGGGUGAUACCAAUACCAAACAGUGGGGUAAUGCGGUUAAGAGGUUCUUUUUGAAUUCGAAAGGAAUCGCAAUUCUGGUGGACGACAAAACUCCUCUAUAUGUCAGUAUUAACAAGAAUGACAGCCAGCAAAUUUGUCUGCGAGGCAGGAAUGACGAUUUUGCGUUUGUGAAUAAGUUUACCAAUUACUCGGCAUUGAACUAUCGGGUAUGCACCGGUCCGGACAUAAUAAUUGCCCACGACAAUCUCACUCGGAUGAGCUUGUGGGAUGGAUUGACAGAAAACGACAAUACCAUCAUCAAAUCUCUUCUUCGGGAACCGGUGUGGCACAUUCCAGCUUAUUCUCAGGAAGAGCUGACCGAAACUAUAAUCUACAACUACACGGAGCACGUGAUCGCUUCCGGAUAUCUACACGUUGGUCAUGUCUUGAUCAAUGAAUUUUGGCAGAAACAUAUCGGCGAUUUCGUGUUUGACCCUGACCGUUUUCCCACGUUGGAAGAUACCGUAAAUAUACUGCACCGGCGUGGAUUCCGAAUCUCCCUUACAAUCCAACCUUUCAUCAGCACUGAAAGUGACAACUUCCUGGAAGCAGUUGCCAAGAAGUUUCUGAUUUACGAACGUAAUUCGGAACGUAGCAUUCCCGCUCUGACGCGCUACAAAAGCCUAGCUAGCGCUGGAGUUCUCGACAUCACCAAUAACGCAACCAUUCCCUGGUUAAAGGAUCAGCUGAAGAAAAUUACGGAAACCAUCGGCAUAGACUCGUUCUAUCUGGAUUUCGGUAAUGCGUACAACAUGCCGAGAUAUUAUCAAUGUUCGAAAACACUAGACAAUCCGGAUCAGUACAAAUCAUUCUUCAUGGAUCAGGUCAAGGGUAACCUGAAAGUUUUUGGAGUUUCAAGUGGCAUUUCAAUCCCACAUCCUCCGGCGUUCCUUAGCCUUCCGCCGGUGAACAGCUCUUGGAGUGGUCUGCAAACCAUCAUUCCAACUGUCCUCUCUUACGGAAUCAUUGGCUAUCCACUCAUAAUGCCAGGACCGAUCGGGGGCGAUUUUGUGCUGUCCUCCAAUUACACAAAAAUGCUUUCCUUCUAUCCAAUGAGAUCUCCUCCACUGCCGGAAAUGGAGCUGUACAUCCGCUGGCUGCAGAUGGCCACGUUCUUACCGGUGAUACGAUUCACGCAUCUUCCAUCGGAGUAUCGGAACGACUCGUUGACGGAAAUCGCCAAGGAGCUCUCGGUGAUUCGUCAGAAAACUGUGGUCCCUAUGUUGGAGCAAUUUACCAGCGACGCGUUGGAUACGGCGAAACCGAUUAUACGGCCACUGUGGAUGAUGGAUUCCAGCGAUCCGAACUGCCUGUUCGUUGACGAUGAGUUCACGAUCGGAGAUGGAAUGAUUGUGGCGCCGAUCAUCUACCGGAGUGACACCAGUCGGGAAGUUUACCUCCCACAAGGCGUCUGGAAGGACGGAAUCGAUGGAUCUCUACGCAAGGGCAACCGAUGGAUUCACAACUACCACGUUCCGCUGAACAAGGUGGCAUACUUUGUGAAAAUGCCCGACAAUACGCGCUUCUAGGGUGGUGACCAUCCGUGGUCGGUGGCUGCGUAGUCUCAAAACGAACAUAUUCUCAACAGGAAUUUCUUCCAUCCGCUCACAACGAAGGAAGGCUUGUCGAAAGUUAACGAAAAAUCGUUUUUAAUUUAUCGUAUUUUAUGCAUGCGUGUCUGUGAGUUUGAGUGUGUGUCUGUGAAUGUAGUUAGCAAUCAUGCAAGUAUUAAAAGUAUGUUAAGUUUCGUUUAUACCGCUGCAAUU